AGCAGCGUGCGUUAUAUCGAGAUGUCGAACACACAUCUGCAGAGCGUCGAUGAUGAGACUUUUCAGGGGCUGCGUCUGAAGACACUGAAGCUAAUCGAUAAUGAAUUGCAGGACAUAUCGGAACGCAGCUUUAGUACGAUGACGCACUCUCUGAUGACUUUAGAUAUAUCGGGGAACAAGAUGCAGCAACUGCCGCUAGAGGCAAUGCAAAAGUUACACUCACUCACACGCCUGGUGGCGCAACGCAAUCACAUAACGACUUUGGAUGGCAAUUGGGAGGCCCAGCACGAUACGCUGCGAUCCUUGCAUCUGUCUGGUAACGACAUACACGAGGUAGCGCCAGGAAAUGGUCAGGAGCUGCUGGCCCACAGCGACAAUAGCUCGCAUCCCUCCAGCCUGGCGGCGGUGCAGACGCGCGUGGAUACGAAUAAUGUGGUUCAUAUGCCAACACAUAGCUCGGGAUACAGUGGAGAUCGCUACAAUUCGCGACCCUUUGAGCAGCUGCAGAAGCUGCUGUGGCUGGACCUUUCCAAUAAUCGCAUUUAUCAUGUGGUUGCCAACUAUUUGCCACGCUCGUUGGUCACCAUGGAUUUGUCCAGUAAUCUGCUGACGCAGUUCCCCCAUCAGCUGUUCGAGCACCUAUCGGAGCUGCGAAUUGUGAGUCUGAGGGAUAAUCUAAUACGCAGCGUCCAGUGGAAGGAUCUGCAAGUGCGGCCAGUGCGAAUAAAUCUGGAGAAGCUGGAUCUGGGACAGAAUAGCAUUGAGGCACUGGACUCGGAUUACUUUCAGCAGAACUACUCCGAUGUGCAUAUACGCGCCCUCAACCUAGAGCAGAACUUUAUAGGAGAGCUGCCUGCAGCCGUUUUUAAAGCCACUGGCAUUGCUCACCUAGUGCUGGCCUUCAAUGCCAUAGAGCGAGUGCAUCCGGAGGCCUUUGAGGGUCUAACCGAUAGCCUGGAGUACUUGGAUUUGGAGCGUAAUCGUCUGAGCACGGUGCCAGUGGCCAUUGCUUCGCUGCAUCGUCUGAAGUACCUCUAUCUGACCUCCAAUGAGAUUAGCCAGCUGACCAAUCUGCCCACCUAUACGGAGAACUUGCGUGUCCUCAGCCUGAGUGGCAAUAACUUCAGCAUGAUUCCUGUGCUGGGUCUAAAGAACUACACGCAGCUGUCGUAUCUGAACAUGGGCUACAAUUCCAUUACAGAUAUACCCGAGGGCAUAUUUACGGUGGACAACUGGGGCGCCAAUUUGCAGACCAUUCUACUGCGCAACAAUAAGAUCACACAUCUGCAUCUGGGCUCGUUCGCAGGACUGGAGCAGAUACAGGAGAUCAGUUUGAGCUUUAAUGACAUCACCAUACACCAUCCUCAGGUGUUUGAGAAUGUUUCGCACACUCUGAAGAUACUGGAACUAUCCUUUGCAGUGUUCCCUGCACGCAGUCUGGAGUCUCUGGACCCUUUGGAGGCCCUGCUGCCGCUCUCGCAGCUCAUUUGGCUGGGUCUGGACAACAAUAAUUUGAAGAGUGUGUCCAACGAGUCGUUCGCUCAGAUGCGCGAACUCAGUUACAUCAAUCUGAGCUUCAAUCAGUUGAAGUCGCUGCCCCAGGGCCUCUUUCUGCCCGAUGCGCACAGUCAUCUGGUGGAGAUAGAUCUCUCCUACAAUGCGCUGGAGCAACUGAAGCCGCAAACAUUUCACAAUCUCGGAGAUCUGCAGACUUUGAAUCUGCAAUCGAAUCGUUUGCGCAGCAUCUCCAGACAUGCCUUCCACAAUCUGGAGUUUCUGCGCUACAUCGAUCUCUCGCACAAUCGACUGAACAACAUCUCGCAUGCUGCUUUUACGGUGCUGCCCAAUUUGGCGGCCUUGGAUCUCAUGCACAAUAACCUGUGUACGGUGUCCUUGAAGUCCUUUCAUUAUGUCUCGAAUGCGACGACACCGUUGCGCCUGAAUCUCAGUCACAAUCACAUUGCGAGCUUCGACGAUGAGCUGAGCAGCUAUAUGUACAUCUAUCAUCUGGAUGUUAGUCACAACCAUAUAGCCAAGUCGGAUUGCUUUCAAAAUCUGGCCAAUACACUGCGCUUCCUAAACUUGGCGCACAAUACCCUCGGUUCGUUGCCAAAUCAUGCUUUUGGUGAUUUGGAAUUUCUCGAAAUUCUCAACCUGGCUCACAAUAAUUUGAGCUCGUUGCGUCGCCGUAGCUUCCAGGGCUUGAAUAGCUUGCAGGAACUGGAUCUGAGCCACAACCAGCUGGAUCAGCUGCAGGUGGAGCAGUUUUCGAAUUUGAGGAAGCUGCGCAUCUUGCGCAUCGGCUCGAAUAAGCUGAGAGCGUUGCCGCGUGAGGUGUUCAUGAACACCCGCCUGGAGUUCCUAGACAUAGCCGAUAAUCAGUUGACUGUGUGGCCCGUUCCUGCCUUCACCGAUGUGGGCUUCACACUGCGCUCCAUUCAAAUGUCGGGCAACUUGUUGGAGUACCUCGACGCCUCCAUGUUCGUCAACUCGCAGUUCCUCUAUGACAUUAGUUUGGCGCACAAUCGCAUUACCAUACUGCCCGACAACACCUUCAGCUUCCUCAACAAUCUCACCAACCUGGACCUGUCCGAGAAUCCACUCGUCACCACAAACCUACGCGAAGUCUUCGUGCACACGCCUCGUUUGCGGAAACUCAGUCUUCAUCACAUGGGUCUCUAUGUGCUGCCGCCCCUCAAGCUACCGCUGCUCUCCUACCUGGAUGUGAGUGGCAACUACUUGCAGGAGCUAUCCCCACUCGGCUCAUUGCGUCAUCUCCGUUAUGUGAAUGUCUCGCAUAAUAAGCUGAUUAAUGCCAGCUGCGCCGUCGAGCACUUGCCGCCUUCCGUGAGAGUUCUGGACCUGGCGCACAAUCCAUUGCGUCGCAUUACGCUGCACGAUCUGGUCGGUCUGCGGCAUCUGGACGAACUAAAUCUGCUGGAUGUGAAGGUCGGCAAUCCGCAGGCAUUCUCCAAGCUGCGCUCGCUGAGGAAACUACAUGCCAGCUCGCACUCGAACCUGGGGGAGCUGGUGGCGCGCCUGCCGGGUCUGCAGCAGCUGCGCGUGCAUUGCCUGGAGCCGAACAUCGGACCCCAGUUGCUGGCCAAGCUGGCCAAUAACACUAAGCUGCAAUUGGUGGAGCUCUAUGGCAGCAAUGUUCAAACCAUAUCGCCCCACGUAUUUACGGGGCUGGCGCGAAAUCAUCGCCUAAAAGUGAAAAUUUCCCACACACGCAUCUCCGAUCUGCCGCCGGGCAUAUUCUAUGCUCUGCGCGAGGUGCCUCAUCUGUCCAUCGAUAUCUCGCAUAAUCGGAUCAACGCGCUCGCCGCCGACAGCUUCUACCCGAACAAGAGCUACUGGGAUACGGUUGGCACGCGCAGCAUCAUGGGUGGCCUAAUCACGGCCCAUAAUCCCUUGGAAUGUGAGUGUGGACUAGUCUGGUUCGGUCAUUGGCUGAGGCGCUGGCUGCGCGAGUCGGCCCAAAUCAAGGUCAUACAGAAGGACGAUAUGAAGCGCAUGGUGCAGCGCGCUCGUGCUAAUACCUGCCACGAUACCACAACGGGCCGGCAUCUGCCGAUACUGGAAAUCUUUCCCGAGGAUCUGCUGUGCCAGGCCAGUGCACUGAGCAGCUCCGGCCAGCGAGUGUUUCUGCUCUCCUUUGCGGCGCUCAUAUUGCCGAUCUUCAGCAUGUCCCUUUGAUAAUGACUGACGGCGUCCAGCAUGAGAACGGGAGUCUGCCUUUAGUUCUGCCAAUUGUAAGUUCCGUUACGACUUUAACUCCGUUGGACGUUAGCUAAGCCGUCGCUGGUCAAGUCAUCUCCUGGCAAUAUGUGUAUGAUAUGUGUAUAUAUAUGUACUAACACUAACUACUAACAUUAAUACUAAACUUAGUGAAUGGCCAUACCUAACAGGACCAUUUUUUUGGCAGGCUAGACUGGGGCGAGAGUGGGCUUAAGAGGACUUGGAAUAAAUAAUACCAUCAUUGCAUUUAUUUAAAGUAUUAAUACAACUUUAGACCGAUUCAGAUUUAUAUUAAGUAAAAGUUGUUGCCGUUUUAUAAUUUCUGAAGUGCGAGAGUUGGAAGUUUCUGGAAAUAAAAGAUUCGAAAUGAAUGCCAAGAAGUGAAAGGCAUGUGCUUGAUAUAUGCAGAUAUCAUGGAAUUUAUUUCGAAAUCCAAAAAACUUAGAGUCAAUCAAUCAAUCAACAAUGUCCGCCUUUGAAUAAAACAUAGAGAUCGGAUUUCUACGGCUAGUACGUGUUCUGUUCGAGAGAAGAUGUCAUAUAGAAACAGUUACUUAACAAAGUUAUGUUCCAAGAAUUAUUAGGCCCAUUAUCUUGUUGUAUGUCCAAGUCCACUCUCCUACAACGUAAGUUUUAGAAAACAAUUCCACUUGACGGCAUCUGCCGUCUUUAGCAGAGAAGGCAUUAUCUCCAAUCAGGGAGACAAACCAAAGCUUAUCGAAACGAAAUCAAGAUGCAGCGCCAAGAUAUUGAAAAUGUGAAAACUGCAUUAAGGAACUUUAAGUUCCGCAUUAAUUCGAUUCGAUUCGAUUAGAAUUGAUUUGAAUUGGUUUGUUUGUUUGAUGUAAGCCAACAUAAAGGGUAAUUAAUGAAAUUGAUUACAGAAACAAAAACAAACACACACACAUCAGCGAACAUGAAAUGAUUCCUACUAACUCACACACACACUCAUUCGCAACAACAGACACACACACACACACCCUAAAACACUUAGAAAAGUAGUCAAUGAUCACUGCACACAGAUACACACACACACACACACACACAUGAAAGAUAAAUGGAAGAACUAGCCAAUAAGUAAGUUGUUAAUAAUAGUUUACGAAUAUUUUUAAAAGCUGAAACAAUUUUACAUACGACUAUAUGUACGUAUGAGAAAAGAUAC